AGUAUCAGACGGUCCGCCACGCCGUGCGGACGCGUCGCUACGUCGCUCUGAACCGCAUACAGCUGACAGUUACCGGGACCGCAGUGCCAAGGGACUGUGUACUUUGUGAAUCUAGUGCUGUUUUUGACGGAUUCUGACUGCAGUAUUGUGUUGUGUAGAGCGUUAGAAGCGUGUGAUGCGCUCGUGAAGUGAUGUUCAUCAAAGCCGGGCCUCCGGCCGAGGAGGAGCGCCGGGGUUCGGUCUCCAACUGGUUUUCUUCACUACGGCGGGGCGGGCGGCGGCGGCGCGAUGAACCCUCGCCCUCUAACUACGGCUCGCUGGGCCGCCGUAAGGACACGCAGCCCCGCGGCAAGACAAGGUCUGCCUGGGACCUAACUUCUGUAUCUAGACUGCAACUCAAAGAUGAGCUCGGCGAGGUGGUCGCAGAGCUGGAGGCCCUGGACGGGCAGGAGGAGUGCAAACAGAACAGCAAGGCCAAACAGAUGAGCAUCGGCAGGAAAAAGUUCAACAUGGACCCCAAGAAAGGUAUCGAAUACCUAUACGAGAACGGUCUCCUCCAGAGGACACCCGAGGACGUAGCACAGUUCCUGCACAAGGGCGAGGGACUGAGCAAAACCGCCAUCGGGGAUUACCUCGGCGAGCGCUCGGACUUCAACGAGGCUGUGUUGCGUGCCUUUGUGGAGCUGCACGACUUUACGGACCUCAUUCUGGUGCAGGCACUAAGACAAUUCCUCUGGAGCUUCCGUCUCCCCGGCGAGGCCCAGAAGAUCGACCGCAUGAUGGAGUGCUUCGCGCAGCGCUACUGCCAGCUCAACCCGGACAUCUUCACCAACGCGGACACCUGCUACGUGCUCAGCUUCGCCAUCAUCAUGCUCAAUACUUCGCUACACAACCCUAGCGUUAAAGAAAAACCGGGGCCCGAGCAGUUCGUCGCUAUGAACAGGGGGAUCAACAAUGGAGGGGAUUUACCACAUGAAUUGCUCUUGUCAUUAUACGAGUCGAUAAAGACGGAGCCGUUCAAGAUACCGGAGGACGACGGGAACGAUCUCAUGCACACGUUCUUCAACCCGGACAAGGAGGGGUGGCUGUGGAAGCAGGGCGGCAGAUACAAGUCAUGGAAGAGACGGUGGUUUAUACUCAACGAUAACUGCCUGUACUACUUCGAAUACACGACGGACAAGGAGCCAAGGGGCAUCAUUCCACUUGAAAAUAUAUCUGUGCGGCCGGCGUCGGACCGCACGCGGCCGCACUGCCUGGAGCUGUACGCCAGCGGCGGCGCCGACCUCAUCAAGGCCUGCAAGACCGACUCCGAGGGGAAGGUCGUCGAGGGAAAGCACACCGUUUAUAGAAUGUCAGCAUCGGCGGCGGAGGAGCGCGACGAGUGGAUCGAGUGCCUGCGCCGCUCCAUCAGCCACAACCCCUUCUACGACAUGCUCGCGCAGCGCAAGAAGAAGGCGCAGCACCAGCACGCCCAUCCCGCGCACUAGCGGCACCCACACACUACCCACUACUCCACUACUCACACGUGGGCCGAGCUAGUGGACUUUUGCUCGGUUUAUUACCCGAUCGGGACGAUGGUUUUGGCUAAACGAGCUCAUACCGAUACGGCAUUGAUGAGACGUAUACGCUGUUAAUCUUUCUCCGCAUCCUUGUUAACGGCCCGGAUCGGAAGAGUAUCUUACUAGAAAAAGAGCGUAUUUUUUUCUGGUUUAGUAGCACGAUUGUUGGCCAAAGUAUUUGACGGAAACGCUGGGUAUAUUCUAUCUUAAUAUGCAACUCCGAAUAAUUAUUCAUUGACUAUUAAACGUUAAUUGAUUCAAAAUUGAUCAUUCGACGCGACGUUCAAUAGAAGCCACUGUCAAACAGGGAAGCGCCACUAUGGCGGUAAACUACUAUAUACAAAUACUUUGAGCAUCUCGCCAGUUUCAUGAAUUUGGGAGCCUACUGCAAAAAUCUAAAUUUGUGUAUCUGCAUCACUCUAAAGAGUAUUUUUAAGCAUUCGCGGUGGCACUCAGUUAACAACUAGCGCACACAAGGUUCUAAUUUAAACUGUAUUGUGACAAUGACAAUUGUUUUAAAAACGACUCCUCUGUUCCUACGCUCGUUUCGUCCGUUUUUUUAUAUAAGUACUAAAUAUCGGAUCGACAUGAAAAAUGGUAUGUAAUGUGUCUAAGUAUCGAAAUAUGUUACAUAACAUUACGUUUUAGAUUACAUACUCAAAGUUAAUUCAAUUUCAUUACAAUGUUUCCGUGUUACAGUGAUGUAAUGUGCAGCUUUAAUGCAGCUGAAUAUUUAUGCAAUAAUUCAUAUUUAUUACCAACACGGGAAUCUUGUGCUUAUACUUUUUAUACCCGAAGACGAAAACUUCCGUUUACACAACGGAUACUGAACGAUUCUUUCGUUUUAAAUUUGAUUUGAAGAGCGGCUUAUACGGCGGUGGUUAGAAUAGUUACAACCAAAUAAUCAUGAUAAUGUCACAUGACAAAUAUAUGGGUUUGCUUUAAACAUAUGGCCAUAAUAAGCCCAUAAUUAUGAAUAGAUUGACGUCCAUCUAAAACGUAUAAGACGACAAGUAGUUAAUGAUUAGUCAGUAGUCAGACUUCAAUCAUUGUGAUAUUCGCUGCGACAGCAACCCUUUGUCGCGUGUCGCGCUGUCAGACCCCACAGCUGCUGAACCCGUGUCCCGGGGAGCGAUAAACGACGCGACAAAUAUCAGUAGCUGUCAACUUGUCGUGUGUUGUCGCUCGCCGGCCGACGGUAUAUCGUUGUCCAUGUAUAUAACGAAGGAAAGACUGAACACAUGAUAGUGUAAUUUUUACACGAUUUAUUUGAAUUGAAAAUAGUAAAAACAUGGUGCAUUGUACGUGCGUACUGCCAAAUUAUAAUUUAAGAUAAUUUGCGUCUGUAUGAGAUAUUUCUUUUAAUUGGAAUUUAUUAAUGUUUAUAUUUCAAAUGCAAUGUUCUUGACAAUAAUUAUGUUUAUCAAGAUGGUUGCUAACCUUGGCGGGUCAUGAUUUAACACUUCUCGAGUUUCUGUUAUUAAAUCACAGGAGGACGUUAGGUAUUGAUGAAAGUAUUACUUUAAAGGUUAAUCUACCAUACGACAGUGUAAAUUAAUGUUUGUAUAAAUAGCUUAGUGUUAAAUUGUCAGUUUAGUGUAAAAAUGUAGUAUAGUUUGAGUUCAGGCUGCGAAGAUGUAAAUAUUUCUAAAUGGAAAGUUAUGGACGCCUUAGGAUACUGCUUGUUAGCUACCAUUUUAGUUCACAUUCCUCCUCUCAAACAAUUAUGUGAGGCGCCUUUCAUUACCUAGUGUUAGUUAUCAUGCAUUAUAAUCUUUAGUCACUCAAAAAUGUAACUUCCUUUAGUGAAUUAGCUAAUAAUCCUUAUUUUUUAUUAAUGUAAAAUGUGAAAUACCAAUUACCAACAGAUUUUUAAUGUAAAUGGCGACCAAAAUCUUAGAAAUUUCGUAAUUUAGUUACGCCACCGACAUAUCACCAAACAUCGACAUGGCAAUACUUCUGUAUACGACUGAAAUUCUUAUUUAUAUUCUCAUUGUUUGUCAAACGACAUGCUUUUUACAUCUUAAUCACUUAAUUCUCCGCGUCUCUUCUUUGUGCGUCUUCAAAGAAUAUGUAAAUGAUGGAGCAUUGUCCUUCACGCUCGUGUUUAUUGUUAUUGUGAUAUGUUGUAUGUAUAUUUAAUGACAUCACCGUUCCUACGUCGCUUGCUACACGCGCGCGUUGUAUGAAUAAUUUAUUCGCCGAAAAGGAAACUAAUCGACCAAUUACAGACUAUUUAACAACUUUAAUGUGUUCACAAUUUACUCAACGGUCUAAAUACUAAAUCACUUACGGCCUUCAAUGAGUAAAACAGUAACACGUCAGGCGGAGUGCCAAUUUUAGUACCUACUUGUAAAAAACUGCAAAAUUUGUGAAUUGGUACGUCGCCUGACGUGAGGCCGUUCUAAGUGCCAGGUGUGUUUUUGAGUGACGUCUUAAGGUGACGAGGCGCGCGCGAGGCCGACAACGCUGAGACGAUGAAGUAAAAUAAUGAAAUAAAGUAAACACAUGAACUGCACAAGUUGCUCCCCUCGCGCGCGCCCGGAUCCUGUACUAAUCGAUCUGUACUAGCCUAAAUAGUGAUAGUUAUAAGUUGUAAAUGCGCCCCUUAAAUGUUAAUUUAUCUCAUUUGUAUGAUUUAUAAUGAUUUAUUGAAUAUUUGCAUAAUAAUGGUGUUGUAAAUAAUUUUGUAAGAAGAUCGAAAUACAUAAAUAUCUUUAUUUAAAA